AUGGCUGGUUCCAAGUCAGCUCAGGUGUUAUAUGUCACGCCACCGGCCAAUAUAACAAUACUAAACACAACCCAGUGUAGCUAUAUUAAGGCACCAGUAGUUGUCUUAGUGAUAACAAAACAAUCUUGCAUAGACAAUAAAAUGUCACGUACAAAACACAGGGGUAACAGUUCUGACUUCAUCAUGGCCUGCCUAGGGAGGUUCCUCACGUUCUCCCUUUUCUGCAGCAUCAACACCAGUGUCGGCAAGGACGUUCCGACUGCUGCCGAACUGGGAGCCAUUAUUGAUGAGACCCGCACCCUGACAGAGAACUUAACUGACCGCAUGGAUGCAAUGGCAGUGAUAUUUGGCGAAAGUCUGCGAUUGAUGACCGGUGCAGAUGGUCGGAUGAGGAACGCGAUGGGUCAAGGAGGGAUGAUUAUACACACGGACAACAAAACGGACCCUGAAGGCCACGGCGGAGCAAUAUACACACGCUGGGGAAGGCACAUCUGCCCAGAAGGGUCCGACAUAGCCUACACAGGUUUCACCACUGGAGGAUAUUCUGGUCACUCGGGAGCAGGAACCAGUGUCUUGUGCGCCCAUUCCGCGCCACAGUUCGACAGAACCUUCAGCAGGACCACAAGCAAGGUCAACUACUUGUACGGAGCGGAGUAUGAAGAGAUCUGGAUGACUCGUCUUGUCGACCAGGAUGCGCCAUGCGUGGUGUGCCGGAGUGCUUCUCGAACAACCGCCAUCUUGGUUCCCGGACGACACGAGUGUAUGGAAGGUUGGAACACUGAGUACUAUGGCUUCCUGGUCGGCCCAAAACACGAUGAUGCUGGUAACAGUGACUACAUCUGUCUGGAUUCAGAUCCAGGGUCUAUAGAAGGGGGGUACCAGGACCAUGAUGGCCAUUGGUUGUUCAACGUGGUGUUCAGCUGUGGAGCUCUUCCCUGUCCACCGUACAAGAACAACUACUUUGUUCCUUGUGCUCUUUGCACUAAAUAGAAACUCGAUUGACAUCAUUGGGGCCAUCAUUUCAAAUAUUGGUGGCUGCUAUAAUCUUUUUGUCAAGAUAAACAAAGCUGCUACCAACUACUAUUUCCAUUACACCUAGCAUAUCCAGAAAACAAAGUAUUUGAGGGAUGUUUUUCAAACACAACCUUGUGAAAGUCCCACACCUGGGGUUGGGUUGCGUUACUCUAAAUUAUAUUCUGUAAGUCAGAUAUGCUGGAAUCAAUGGCAAUAAACAAUGCUUCCCAGAAA